AUGACUGCCAGUGAAGUCAACAAGACUAAUGGGGUGAAGAUGUCUAAGCCUGUGUUCACCACCACCGCCGCCUCAAAGCAAUAUGCAGCUGCCCUUGAUUCUGAAGACCCCCUCCGCGAGCUACGCGAUCUGUUCAUCAUUCCUUCCAAGGCCAAUCUAGCUUCCAAGAAACUCGCCAAGCCAGGGCUUUCUGAAGAUCCAUGUAUCUACUUCUGUGGAAACUCACUCGGUAUUCAACCCAAGGCUGUUGGGAAGUAUAUGGAGGCUCAGCUUGAUACCUGGUCAUCAAUUGGAGUCUGUGGACACUUCACCACUCUUGAGGAUUCUCCUCUGCAGCAAUGGCAGUUACUCUCAGAGCAGGCUUCUACAUCCAUGUGCAAGGUUGUGGGUGCCUCGGCUGAAGAGGUCGCAGCUAUGGGAACCUUGACUACCAACCUGCAUUUCUUGCUUGCUAGUUUCUACAAGCCGACAGAGAAGCGCCAGAAGAUUCUCAUGGAUUGGAAGGCUUUUCCUAGUGAUCAUUAUGCCAUUGAAUCUCACAUCUCUUGGCAUGGCCUCGACUCGAAGGAGAACAUGGUUCUCAUUGGCCCAGAUGAGGGUCAAUACGAGAUCUCCACAGAGAAGAUUAUUUCUUACAUCGACAAGCAUGCCGAAGAUGCUGCUUUGCUUCUCUUGCCCGGUAUCCAGUACUACACCGGCCAGCUAUUCGACAUUCCCCGUAUCACGGCUCACGCCCAGUCCCAUGGUCUCAUCGUAGGCUGGGAUCUGGCGCACGCUUAUGGUAACGUUGAAAUUAAACUGCACGAAUGGAAUGUGGAUUUUGCCGCUUGGUGCACAUACAAGUACGGUAAUGCUGGUCCUGGUGCUAUGGGUGGUCUUUUCGUGCAUGAGCGUCAUGGUCAAGUUGAUUACAGUGCCGGUGAAGAUGCGCCGAAGUUCCGUCACCGACUGACUGGAUGGUAUGGAGGCGAUCGAUCUGUGCGAUUCCAAAUGGACAACAAAUUCAAACCUAUUCCCGGAGCUAAUGGUUUCGUCAUUUCCAACCCCUCAGUGAUCGACCUCACUACCCUUCUUGCUGCACUGUCUGUCUUCGAUCAGACUUCCAUGAAGGAUCUGCGUCAGAAGUCUAUUAAGUUGACCGCGUACUUGGAGUACCUACUCUUGAAGGAUACCACCGAGGAGACCCGCCUGUUUGAGAUCAUCACCCCGUCCGACCCCAAUGCCCGUGGAGCGCAGUUGAGUCUGCUGCUUAAGCCCGGACUUUUACACAAGGUUGCUGAGCGCUUGCAGGAUGCAGGUAUUAUCUGUGAUAAGCGAGAGCCGGGCGUUGUUCGUGUUGCUCCUGUGCCUCUUUACAAUACUUUCUCUGAGGUUUACACUUUUGUUGAGACAUUCAAGGAUGCUUUGGCUUCUUAA